CCGAACAGGCGUCACGUCCGGUGUCGGCGCUAUCGGUUCCGCUGGGAACGCGGAGAGCUUGGCCGGUGCCGGCCGCCGAUUCCCGGGUCGGUCUUUCGCCAUUAUUCGCCCGGCGAGGAACGGGGAAACAUGUACGGGCCGUCGGGGUCGGGUCUAUCGGGGGCGCGCAGGCGACCCGGCGCCGGUGGCGCACUCCCCAAACACACGGAGCGGAGCUUGGCGUCGGCGGUACCCGGCGCGCUCUCGGUGACCGCCUUGUGCACGGCGCUGGCGGAGCCCGCCUGGCUGCGCGCCCACGGGGGCCUGUGCCAGCGACAGGAGCUCGGCGUGGCCGAUGUCCUGGGCAACUUGGAUUCGGCUCUGCUGGAAGAAUAUUGUAUGAAUUCUCAGACUGUGCUGCUUCUGCGGGUCAUUGGUGCCUUCUGUUUCCUGGGGAUUAUUUGCAGUUUGUCAGCCUUUUUACUUGAUGUGUUUGGACCAAAACACCCAGCACUGAAGAUUACCCGCAGAUAUGCAUUUGCACAUAUUCUUACAGUUCUCCAAUGUGCCACGGUGAUAGGGUUCUGCUACUGGGCAUCAGAGCUGAUCUUAGCACUUCAGCAGCAACACAAGAAAUAUCAUGGCUCUCGUGUCUACGUGACCUUUGCAGUCAGCUUUUAUCUGGUGGCAGGAGCUGGAGGAGCAUCCAUCUUAGCAACAGCUGCUAACCUCUUGCGACACUACCCAACAGAAGAAGAAGAACAAGCUCUGGAACUGCUCUCAGAAAUGGAAGAGAACGAACCAUAUCCAGUGGAAUAUGAGAUUGUUAAUCAGUUCCAACCUCCCCCUGCAUACACACCUUGAUUAGCAGGACAUAUUACAAUUUUUCACUUUUAAGUCUAUCAUCAUUUGAUUCUUUGAAUUUGUACUUUACCUUAGUAGAUUUUUACCUAGAGCAGCUGCCUCUCCUCUCUGACCACUUAUCAUUUGUGCAACUCAGCUUAAAGCUUGCUGGUAAAAUGGAGGUCAGGAGCUGCAGUCAUCUUAAAGUCAGAUGUUUGCUGAUUUUUCUGCUCCCUUGCUGUUCAAGGGAUGAUAGUAGCCUUCUGCAGAUGGGUGGGGGAGAUGCAAAUCCUUCCAUGUAAGUAAAAUACAUCUUCAUAACUAUUUAAAGAGGCAGUAUCUUUUUAAACUAAAUCUAAAUUUGAAAUGUAAAUUUUAAGUUGUUUUCCCCCAGAGCUUUUAAACAAACUAAAAUUAUGUUUCAUUUCAUAAGUAAUUAACAUGUUCAAAUUAUUUUAGAAGGAUUUUAACUGGCAAAUUUCUUGUAUUAGACAAGGAAACUUUAUUCUCAUAGCUUAUUGUUAUCUAUUCAUUCUCACUGUACAGUGUCUUAAUACUAGGAAAUAUUUUUUCAUUCAUUCAGUUGAAAAGUGCCAGUCCCAAGUUUAAGGGAACCUAUCAACAUUUGUUAGAGAGGGGUUACUAGACAAAUCUAUAUUGUGAACAGCCAAGUGAUUUAUAUAAGAUUGUGCUUCUGACUACAUAAUAUUCAAAGUUUGAUCCGUCAUUGGUAGAAGCCUAUUACCCUUCCCUAAUGUCACAAAGAUAGAAAAAGCACUUUAUUAGAUUGGGUUUAGAAAUGAUUUAAAAAUCUUGCAUUUAUACAGCACCUUCUAACAUAGCAAACAUUCAAUGCGCCUUGCAUCAAAAGAUAAAAUUGGUCAAAUAACGAAGGAAGAUGAAGAGGUAAAGUGGAAAAGUUAAGUGGGAGAAUUUCAUUUUCUUUCAAUUCACACAAAUCUUGACAGAGAUGUUUUGAUACACAGGUUUUUGUACAUCAGUUGAUGUGAAAAAAUAUCAACAUUGUUCACCUCAAACAUUUGAUACUGAUAUCAAAAGUUUAUUAGUUUAAUGAAUGUAAUGUGAAGAUAUACAAUGGGACCCAUCUGAUACAGACAUAUUAAUGAGGCUCAAGUGAAAUAGGAAUUUAAUCAUGCUACUUUUUAAUCAAUUGUUUUACCAGUUAACUAUGAAAUAAAUUUUACAUUAGAAUUA